AAGGUUGGGAAUCCUAAAUUGAGGAGUUCUUCUGAUCCCCAAAUAGGGCUGUGGAAAUGCACUUUACAUGGAAAGCUAUAGCCUCUUCCAUCUUUCCCUCUGUGGUCUGACCUUGGCCCUGGGUUGUAGCUGCUGCCUUUGAGGAUUAGGAAUCCCAGUUCUCUGAAGAGAAUAAGACAGGGUGCUGCCCUUGGAGCGGUUGGAAGUCAGCUGGGGAGGCCAGGAGACAGCACCCGAAGUGGGAGGGGAAUCAUUUGAGAGUCUGCAGCCCAGGGCUCAUCCUGUCCUCCAGACAGCAGCCCCCUCUGCUCGGCCCGGGCGUGCACCAGAUAACCACCCCCUCCAGAGAAGUCUGAGGGUGGAAGGGGGCUAUGUAAGGAAAACCUCCAGUGGGACAUUGGGGUCACACAGCACUCCACCAUGCGGGAUUAGACCAAAGCAUUCCUGCUCCAUUGGGGUUUAUCUUUUGAUUAAACUGGAAAAAGAAGGAGGUGGAGUGGUAGGUCCCCAAGAUACCUCCUGGAGGUCACAUCCUGGGGUCCUAAAAGCUGAAGGUGGUUUGCUAUAGUCAGGGAAGGUCUCUGGGAAAGAGUGAGGCAUGGUUUAGGCUUGAAGCAUAGAGAGAUUUUGAAUAUUAGAGAAGAAAAGAACAUCUAAGGCAAAGGAGACUACAUACGAUCUGAACAGCAAUAAUAGUGAGAAAUGAUGUGGCUGGUGGACAAAGUUCUCCCCCGUAUUUUCUCAGCGCUCCCAACUUUCUUCCUGUUCUAACUUUAUGAUUUUGGGCACUGUGCCAAUGCAGAACAGAGCCUGUCGGGGGUGCGGCUAGGGGGGACCUGCUCCAAGUUACAGAGUUCCUCGCUGGCUAAGCUACGACAGGAACCAGGGUUUCAGGCUUGCAGACUCUGAGACAGCGCUCUUUCUACCAGUGUGUUCUGUCUCCUCCGAAUACCAGCUUGGCCGCUACCACACGAAGGACCUCUUGUGGGAAGCUGCAGUGUCUGGCUUUGUGGCGUGCGGCUCAGGGAUAGGGGCCUCUCGGGAUGGCCAGAGCAGGCAGGGCUGUGACCCUCUGCACCUCGUCCCCUUUUCACCCAGGCCUUCCCCGUCACAGCCAUCUGGAGUGUCAUGCGGCUGGCGGUGUUCUUUGUGCCCUUCUCAGUCAAAGGCCUCACGAAUUCCAAGUCUGCGGCAGAGAGGUUCAAGAAAUUUUUCCUCCAGGAGAGCCCUGUUUUAUAUGUCAAGGCAUUGAAAGACCCCAGCAAAGCACUGGUUUUGGAGGAGGCCACCUUGUCCUGGCGAAAGACGUGCCCCGGGAUGAUCAACGGAGCCUUCGAGCUGGAGAGGAACGGACACACUCCCGAGGGGACUGCCAGGGCUCAGCCAUCUCCAUGUGCCCUUGGGCUGGAGGACAAAGGGGACAGCCUGGCCCCAGAGUUGCACAAGAUGAACCUGGUGGUGUCAAAGGGGACCUUGUUAGGGGUCUGUGGCAACACGGGGAGCGGUAAGAGCAGCUUGCUGUCAGCCAUCCUGGGGGAGAUGUACUUGCUGGAGGGCUCGGUGGGGGUCCAUGGGAGCCUGGCCUACGUCCCCCAGCAGGCCUGGAUCUUCCCGGGAAGCGUCAGAGAGAACAUCCUCUUGGGAAGGCAGUACGACAAGGCCAGGUACCUCCAGGUUCUCCACUGCUGUUCCCUGAACCAGGACCUGGAAAUCCUGCCCUUUGGAGACAUGACGGAGAUCGGGGAGCGGGGCCUCAACCUCUCGGGCGGGCAGAAGCAGAGGAUCAGCCUGGCCCGCGCCGUCUACUCUGACCGUGAGGUCUACCUGCUGGACGACCCCCUGUCGGCCGUGGACGCCCACGUGGGGACGCACAUUUUCGAGGAGUGCAUUAAGAAGAUGCUCAGGGGGAAGACGGUCGUCUUGGUGACCCACCAGCUGCAGUAUUUACAGUUUUGUGACCAGAUCAUUUUUCUAGAAGAGGGGAAAAUCUGCGAAAGAGGACGUCACAGUGAGCUAGUGCAGAAAAAGGGGCAUUACGCCCAUCUCAUCCAGAAGAUGCGCAGGGAAGCCACGCAGGACAAGAUUCAGGACAUGGUACAGGCAGCAGAGGGGCCACAGGUAGAAGGUCAGGCCCAGGCCACCUGCCAGGAAGAGCCGCUCAAUGACAAUACUGAGCUGGAGAAUCAGCUGACACAGAAGGAGACCAUGGAGCAAGGGUCCCUGAGAUGGCGCGUCUACCACCACUACAUCCAGGAGGCCGGAGGUUACAUGGUCUUUUUCAUGGUUUUGCUUUUUAUGCUGGUGUUCGUCCUCCUCAUGGUCUUCAACUUCUGGUGGCUGAGCUAUUGGUUGGAGCAGGGCUCAGGGAACAGUAGCAGCUGGGAGAACAACAGAACCACUGCAGACCCAGGUAACGUCCUGGACAACCCUCAGCUGGUCUUCUACGAAGUGGUGUUUGGCCUCAGCGCCCUGCUCCUGGUCUUCACAGGGGUCUGCCACUCGGUGGUGUACACCAAGGUCACGCGGAAGGCAUCCACAGGUGUCCACAACAAGCUCUUCAGCAAGGUUUCCCGCUGCCCCAUGAGCUUCUUUGACACGAUCCCCACCGGCCGACUCCUGAACUGCUUCACGGGGGACUUGGAUAAGCUGGACCAGUUCUUGCCCAUUGUGAGCGAGGGGUUCAUGCUGCUCUUCAUGACGGCGGUCUCCCAGUUGCUCAUCGUCAGCGUGCUGUCUCUGUACAUCCUGCUCUUAGGAGCCGUGCUGGCCAUCGUGUGCCUCAUCUAUUAUGCGAAGUUUAAGAAGGCCAUUAAUGUGUUCAAGAGGCUGGAGAACUACAGCCGCUCGCCUUUGUUCUCCCAUAUCCUCACCUGUCUGCAUGGCCUGAGCUCCAUCCAUGUCUACGGAAAAGCUGAAGAUUUCAUCAACGAGUUUGAAAGACUGACUGAUGUGCAGAAUAACUACCAAUUGAUGUAUCUGUCUUCCACGCGAUGGGUGGCAUUGAGGCUGGAGCUCAUGAGCAACCUGGUGACCUUGGCCGUGGCCUUGUUUGUGGCUUUUGGCACUUCCUCGGUCGCCUAUUCCUAUAAAUCCAUGGCUCUCAGCCUCGUUCUGCAGCUGGCGAGUAUCUUCCAGGCUACGGCCCGCACAGGCUCGGAAACAGAGGCGUACUUCACCGCCUUGGAGAGGAUGCUGCAGUACAUAAAGAUGUGUGUCCCUGAGGCUCCUUUACACAUCGAAGGUGCGAACUGUCCCCCAGGGUGGCCACAGCACGGGGAAAUCACAUUCCAGGAUUAUCAGAUGAAAUACAGGGACAACACCCCCAUUGUCCUCAGUGACAUCAACCUGACGAUUCACAGCGAGGAAGUGGUGGGCAUCAUCGGAAGGACGGGCUCUGGGAAGUCCUCCUUGGGGGUGGCUCUCUUCCGCCUGGUGGAGCCCAGUGCAGGUCGGAUUCUCAUCGAUGGUGUGGACAUCUGCAGCAUUGGCCUGGAGGACCUGCGGUCCAAGUUCUCGGUUAUCCCUCAAGACCCUGUCCUGCUCUCAGGAACCAUCCGGUUCAACCUAGAUCCCUUUGACCACUGCACCGAUGAGCAGAUCUGGGGUGCCCUGGAGAAGACCUUCCUGAUCAAGACAAUCUCGAAACUCCCCCAGAGACUGCAAGCAGAAGUUGUGGAAAAUGGGGAGAACUUCUCCGUGGGGGAGAGGCAGCUGCUGUGCAUCGCUCGAGCCCUCCUUCGCAACUCCAAGAUCAUCAUCAUUGACGAAGCGACAGCCUCCAUCGACAUGGCGACCGACAUGCUGGUCCAGCACACGAUCCGCGAGGCCUUCCGGGGCUGCACAGUGCUGGUCAUCGCCCAUCGUAUCUCCACCGUCCUCAGCUGUGACCGCAUCCUGGUCAUGGGCAACGGGAAGAUUGUAGAGUUUGACAGGCCUGAGGUCCUGCAGAACAAGCCUGGGUCCGUGUUUGCGGCGCUGCUGGCGACAUCCAAGUCAUCAAGCUGAGGAACAUGGAGACUGCAUGGAGGCUGGUGGCUGAGCACACCCAGGUUCGCCAGGUGUACAGCUGUGAGGCCUGCCGCUUCUGGGCUUCUGGGGUAGAGACGGCUACUUCUCCUGAAAGCAGGGCUGAGAUGGGCCCAGGGGUGCUGGGGAUUGGGAUGGGAUAGGAGGCUAGGGAGCAAAACCUGGGAAAGGGCACCCUGGCUCCCCGAGCCUGAGAACCCCAGCAUCAUUUGAGACCUUGGGGUCAAAUGAUCAUGUGUCUCUUUUUCACUGAUAUGUUGCAUAAUUUCACAAUAAUGUAAAAGCUUAUUAUAGUUUUCUGA